AUGGAGAAUGCAAAAGGCAACAAACAGAACUCCUCAAAGAAGUCAAAGGAGAAAAAAAAGACUUGCAAAUUCCAACCUCUCUCAGUAGAAGCUGAAGAGAAACAGCAGGCGGUUGGUGAACCAAGUACAAAAAGAAACUCAGGGAAGGGAACCAAACGAGAAAGGUCCAUGAAAGAGGAUGAAGCUUCCUAUCCACAAAACAUGGCACAAGACAAUAAAAAAAUAAGACUUCGGAAGAAGAUACCAGUUCCUCCGUUGCCCUCUAAACUGCCACCCAUAAACCUGGUUCACCGAGACAUCGUGAGGGCGUGGUGCCAGCAAUUAAAUCUGGGCACCAAAGGCUUGAAUUUGGAAGCAUAUAGGCGACUCUGCGAACAUGCUUACCCUCAUCAAAAGGUUAUUCCCGUCACAUCAGCAGAGGCCAAGAUAUUGACCACAACACAAAGAAAAUUAAAGAUGGAAAAGUGGGAAAUGACUCUGGAAAAUUCUGAUCCUUCUAAAGUGACUGCUCCCCCUGAGGAAGGGAUGCCUGCUCUUGAAGGACUGGACAAGGUUGUCAUGACAACUUCCCCCCCAGAUGCUGUGUUUGCUUCCUGGACCAGAAUUGCAGCCAGAGCUGGGAAGAUGGAGGCAGAGGAAUCACCACAAGAGGCUUCUAGUGUCAGGUGGUGUGUGGUCCAUGGGCGAAGUCUUCCUGCACAUAAAGAGGGUUGGGUCCAGCUACAGUUUUAUGCUGGGCAAACCUGGGUUCCUGAAAAACACGGGAGAGUGUGUGCACUCUUCUUGCUACCUGCUAGCAAAUUUCCACCCCCGUUCCUGGAGGACAAUAUGUUGUGCCCGAAAUGUGUUCAGAGGAAUAAGGUAUUGAUGAAAAGCCUUCAAUGAGACUACAAUGCCAGGAUAAAGGAUGCAGCUAUGAUUCUAAUGAACCAUAGAAAAGAGACUGCUAUCAACUCCAUGAUGCCACUGACCACUGAACUCCAGGCUGCUCCACACCCUCCAUGCUUUCUGCUUAGAAGAGGACACACAGGCUGGUGGGUGCAGAUGUUACCCUCAGACUCCCGACAGUGCCUGCUGCUUCGUCUGUCGGGAUACAGAGUCUUAAGUUUUUAAGGUGGAGAAGUAUUUCACAAAUUAUCAUUCAUUGUGAUUAAUAAUAAGAAAAAGUCAAUACUAUCAAAUGAUUAUCCUUCUGAAAUAGAAGUGACCUCAGCAGCUCUUUA